CAUGGUUGAGGGUCCGACUCCUAGGGCUGUGGAAGGAUGCUGUGUCCAAAAGGGGAAACGACGCAGCGCAGAACAGAGCCUGGGCAUUAUCCAGAGGCAGACAUUGUUCCGUGAUUGCAGUUCUAGAAUUAGGGUUUCAGCUUGAGCAUCUCUGAACGCCGGGACGUUAAGAGCUCAGAAGCGCUACCCGAGUCUCCAACACGUUUCAGAGGUGGCCAGAGGGUUUGUUUUGAUCACAGACAAAGCCAAACUGCAGCUGAUCAUUUGAGGGCGUUCAGGUUGCAAGUUCAGGGGCACCUAGCAGGAUCGGUCUACCAUGGCUCUUAGGACAGACCAGACCGUGCUCUGCUUAUGUAUUUUCAUAUUGGGAGCCCUCACCCUCGCAUUGCCUGUGUGCGAUGCACAGACGAUGGGGAUCAAUAGCACCGAGGCUCUCACUCAGAGAAAGCCGCCGGCCCCAGGCUGCAACAACACCGCACAGCUGGUUAAGCUCUCUUUCCAAGGCGAGAGCGGUGCGUCGAAAGAGGUGGUCGGCGCAUCCUCCUUCUUUGGGGGCAGGGUGCCGGUUGCCAAGACCGACGCAUUGCCAUUGGUAGCUGAGCUUAUGGCCCCUCUCACUGGGUGCAAUAGGUCGGAUGCGCAGGCCAGCUUGAAAGGCAAGCUUGCGGUGGCGCUGAGGGGCGACUGCCUUUUCUCCCUGAAAGCGGAGGUUGCGCAGCAGCAAGGCGCCGUGGGACUCAUUGUCAUCAGCACGGCUGAGGAGUACUUCCCGAUGUCUUGCGAUGAGGACAAACCUCCCACAAUGGAGAUCGACAUCCCGUCUGUCAUGAUUUCGAAGUCGGCUGGCUACAAGCUGCGGGCGGCUAUGAGACAGGGCCCAGUUUCAGUGCGGAUAUUUGCACCUCCCCGCCCCAUUCUGGACCCCUCCGCUGCCAUCCUGUGGUUCGUAGCCGUUGGCACCGUCGUUGCGGCCGCCUUCUGGUCCGCAUCGGACGUCCGAAAGGGGGGCAAGUACGAGCGGCUCAACAAGGCGCGGCGAGAAGAGGACGAAGAGGAGGCGGAACAUAUCGACAUUGGCGUGGCGGGCGCGGUGAUGUUCGUGGUGGUGUCGUCGGUCAUGCUGCUGCUGCUCUUCUUCUUCAUGUCCAAGUACCUCGCCGUCGUUCUCAUCGUCUUCUUCUGCAUCGGGGGUGUUGAGGGCCUUUCCAAGUGCCUCAGCAGCCUGCUGGUGGUCUUAACCCCAGCGCUAACCACACGCGGCGCCGAGCUGCCCUACCUGGGUUACUGGCCUGCCCCGACGCUGAUCUCACUGCCGGUGGCGGCGGCGGUCGGCCUUUGCUGGGCGAUCUGGAGAAAGUCCGACUGGGCUUGGGUGGGACAAGACGUCUUGGGAGUCGCGUUGAUCCUGGUCGUUCUGCAGAUGGCACGACUGCCAAACAUCAAGGUGUCGUCUCUCCUGCUGUGGCUCGCGUUUGCGUACGACAUCUUCUGGGUGUUCCUCUCGCCCUAUUUCUUCAAUGGGGAGAGCGUCAUGAUCGCGGUGGCCAGCGGGCUCAACAGCGGCGGCGAAGCUAUGCCGAUGCUGCUGCGAGUGCCUCGGAUAUUGGACCAGUGGGGGGGGUACAACAUGCUGGGCUUUGGGGACAUUGUGUUACCGGGCCUCCUGGUCGCAUUCACACUACGGUUUGAUUGCGAAGAGAAGCGGUCGUGGUCGGGUGGAUACUUCCUAUACUCAAGCAUAGGGUAUGGAGUUGGCCUGUUGUGUACAUAUGCGGCGUUGGCACUCAUGUCGGGUCAGGGCCAGCCCGCGCUGCUCUACUUGGUCCCUUGCACGCUGGGCACGCUUUUGAUUCUUGCGUGGUACCGAGGCGAGCUCGCGGCGCUCUGGAGCCGCGGGGAGGACGACAACGAAGCAGUUGAGAGCGGGGAUGAAGAUGGGCAUUUGAGCCCCGCAGUCGACGAAGACAGGGGUCGAAGCCUGCAGGGGCGUGGCUCGCAGGGUCGGUUAGGGACAUCGAGCAGGCGACGAGAGAUCAGCCAAGAGUCGCCAAGGUCGUCGCUUGUCUAG